CCAAUAUGUACAUGUAGAGUCUCUCAGGUAUUGCCAUAGUUAAGUGGAUGAAUGUGUUUUUGCUCUUCCUCUAUCGUGAUUUUUGAGAAAAUGUCAGUUAUAAAUAGCAUGAAGUGAGUAAGUUAUUUAUUUGUUAUAGUAUUGUUGGCCCAUGAUGACAACUAAAGUUAAUAUAAUGCAGUGUUCCUGGCGGGAAACUAUAAAUGAAUGCAGCUGAGAACAUAAUAGCAUAUUAACGUCAUGUGAUGGCUGAAAAUAAGCGAUUCAAAUCAGUUCAAGUGAGUCGUAUUUGAAAAUGACAGUUGUGUACUGUGGACAAGAGAUGUGCGAGUAUUGAGCGAGUCGUUCAAUCCGAGGCGACGGAACUGUAUGCGCAUGCGCUCAUUGAGAGGUGAUUUGCGUGAAUUGAGUACCCGGUUCACGCAGGUGUCUGUGCAUACGCUCUGUGACGGGUGACUCGAGUGAACUCGAGUUAGUAAAAGGAAUCGAAUUUCCAUCACUACUCUGAACUACUUGGUUAAAAAAAAGGGACCGUCACGUGACACUGGCCACAUGACUAGGUGGAGCUUGCAACAUGCCGACUGAACGUCACUUCCUCUAUCGGCCUCCAAUCAGGAAGCGCUGCGCUGGAUUUGUUUAUUUUCUAAAGUCCAACGUCUAGAAACGGGCGGGGCCACCAAGGCGGAGCUGAGGAAGUGGCUCUGCUAGGGUGGGGCUAAGGAAGUUCCAGCACAACCACAUCCUGUUUCACACACGAACAAGCACUCUGUAGAGCGGAAACUUGGCCGGUUAGACGCCAAACCUUCGAACUUGCUAACUAAUCGUUGGAUAAAUAGCUGGUCGUGUGAGUGCUACAUUGGCUAACAAAACAACCAGGCUCUUAAAUUUGUAUUUUUUUACCACGCGCGUGUCGUCUUAACAUUAUAGUAACCAUGACAAGCUCGUCAAGCAGCUCGGAUAAAGCGCCUUCCUUCGAGAAGACGUGGGGCAGCUCCACCAGCAGCGGCUACUGCAGCGCGGAUGACUCCGACUCGGAGUUCGAUCAGUACUUCACCGCCAAGACAUCCUUCUUCACCAAACGCCAGAAAUGUAAAGCACAGGCAAAGAAGGAUGAAGCGACUGAAUGCGGCAAGCAGGAAUUGAGCAGUGCAGACGUUCAAAAGCAGGUGAAGGAGUACAACUCUCAGAUCAACAGCAACUUGUUCAUGCACAUGAACAAAGAUGGCUCCUACAUUGGCUUCAUUAAAGUGCAGUUCAAGCUGGUGCGGCCCGUGUCCGUCGCCCCGUCCCCAAAGAAGGCAUCUAGCAGAAGGAAGCGUAGCGGAGUGAAGCGGCGCACCUCCUUCUACCUGCCCAAGGACACGUCCAAGCACCUGCACAUCAGCUCUCAUACGUCGGCUCGCGAAGUCAUCGAGGCCCUGUUGAAAAAAUUCACCGUCAUGGACAAUCCUGCAAAGUUUGCUCUGUUCGAGCGCCGUGAGCGUCACGAACAAGUUUACAUUCGUAAGAUGUCUGAUAACGAGCGACCCCUCCCUCUGCGACUGAGUGCUGGACCCAGCGAGAAACUUCUCAGCUUUGUGCUCAAGGAGAACGAAACCGGAGAGGUCAACUGGUACGCCUUCUCCAUGCCGGAACUCAACAACUUCCUGCGUAUCCUCCAGCGCGAGGAAGAGGAGCACGUCAAGCAGAUCAUGCAGAAAUAUGCCGUGGCUCGAGCCAAGAUGCAGGAGGCCCUGCGAGGCUCCACCCCGGGAUGAUGAGCGUCUAAGGCUGGACUGUCACCUUUUUAGAAUCGGCAGUCACGGAUGCAUGUGAAGUUCUCAGAAAAUCAAAGCACCUCUUGGGUGAACGAGUGUGAAAGGGCGCGAGAGAGACGAUGAACGCGAGCGAGAGCUUGCGGGGAUGUGCGUGUGAAGUGAUGCGAGACAUGAGCAGUGCCUUCCACCUGGAGCGUCUGAUGUGCCUGAGAGAAUGAGUUGAGAGGAAGGAGGACGGUGGCGGAACACACGGUGGAUGUUGCUGUCCUCCGUAUGGUACCACCAGGUGAUCCUGUUUGUUGCUUGCUGUGGGUCACUGAAAUGUGUGCCCACUGGAAGUAUCUGUCACGUCCUCCAUGCAACUCUUGUUAGUUUUGGGUUUUUCACUGUCAAUUUAUGCACUUGUUACGCACUUCUGAAUGUCAGAGAGCAGCACAGUGUCAAAAAUCACAUAGGUUGACUGUGAUUGUGAAUGAUUUUUUUGUUUUGUCCGUACUGUGUAUUUCUAUCACGCUUUCCUUUUCAGUGUUGACUCUUACCAUGUCACUUUCUGUGUAUAUUCACAGGGCCAAUAAUCAGUUCUGCUGGUAAAUAGUCAUUUAUUUUUGUAAUAUAAUAACUAAUAUAAAUCAUGAUAAUACAUAUAAUUGUUAUGGCUAGCAGGACUUGUCUAAAUUGGUGCCAUUUAACACGUCUUUCAAAUGUGCACUGCUUUCAAUAAAGAGUAUCAAUCAGGA